GUAUGAGCUGAGUACAGUAUCUGAUUCAUUUACGAAAAUUACGAAAAAUUGGGUUGCGAAAGAGCAUUCCGAUAUACAUCUUUAGAGAACAUUUUCUUUCUCAGACAACGCUUGCACUGAUGCCCUUUGUAUAUUCGUGCUCUUUCUUUGACGGCCAUCUGUUUGGAUCGAAGAGUUCUAAACAGAGCCGAUGUAAAUUGUUGAUGGCCUGACAUCAAACGUAAAAGUUCUGCUGAUGUCUUGCCACGCGCAGUAUAUGGUGGUGUCUGUAGCUGGCAGAGUUGCCUCGAGGUGCAGUUGCAGUUGUCUAGGUCAGCCUGCAAGUAGGCUGGUUCACCAGGGUGCUGCUCCUGCUGGGUUGGAUCCUGUCACUGGUUACAGGCAAUGGCAACAGCAGUUGAACUCACAACGACAGAAUGCUGAACAGCAGCAGCACUGGCAGACAGUCUUGAGGGACCGCCAUGCAGGCAGCGUUGCCAACUCUGUUCACCCACCCCGAUACAACGGGGCGCCUGGAUAUGGCCAGCAACAGCAAUCUCAUGUCCGUAGCUAUGCACAACAAACAGCACAGCCAAUUCAUCAUCGGCAUGGCACUGUGCCCAUGGUUCAAGCUCAUCCGGCGAUGUCCAAUACCCAUAUCCCAGCUCAGCAACACAAUCAACAGGUGCAGCUACAACAGGCGCCGACAUCUUUAGCAUCUGCAGCUACCUCGGCAAUAUUGCAGAGGCCUGCAGCUACUGUUGCUGCAUCCAGCAGCAAUGUCGCAGCUGUGUCAACGGCGUGGAAGGACAUGGCCAGCGACCUGGAGAAGUACCUCAGUGGCAAACAGGACCCCCUGGUUGCUCUGUUGGUGCAAGCUAGAGCAUCUCCGAAGGCAGCGUAUCUAGACGUACUCGCACUGACCCUGGAGGAAGAGCUCACCUCGCACCAGGCGGCCUUACUGUGCUGUGAAGCAUGCCGCAUUGCGAUCGAGUUGGACGUGGUCAGCAGCAGCUCUGUUCCCCUGUUGUUCCUACAAUAUGCUGAUCAGAAUGCUGUCGGCUUGAGCGGUGUGAUUGGAAUGAUGCUGAGGGCAUUGGAUGAUUGCUUGGCGGGUGUUGAGGCACCAGUUCUGAUCGCGAAGAGAGAUUCAGCAAUGGCUAGCAUUCGCAAGCAAGUCCUGCCAGUGUUGCAUCAACUGCCCACCAAGCAGCUGAUUUCUCUCGCCAUGGUGUCGGUGCAAGCGCCAGAAUUCUUGAGUCAUGUCUCUCUGAACGUUUUGCCGCAAGUCGAGGUCAUUGAUGUGACUUGGCUCUCUCAUCUGGUAUCAGUGCUGGCACGCUGUGGUGUUGGCGGUGGCGGUGGUGGCAGUGCUGCUGCUGCUGCUGGAUUAGAUGACACAGCGACAAAGGCUGAGCAGCAUCGUUCAUCAUCUCCUAUGCCGCUGGUGAUGGACAAAGCCAUGAAACGCUUUUACUCUAAGCCUGAACUAAUGACAUCCGAAGCGCUUGGAAACAUUUCAUCUCUUCUUCGCGAUGGCGUCAUUCCUAACUCGGCGGAGCUGCGUGAAAUGCUGGAGGCGUGUCUUUCGUCGGCGGCGGCUGGAGAUCUGGAAAGGACACUGUCUGUUGCAGAGACACUGACACAAGCAGCUGGCAAUGAGUCACCGACGGAGCAGCUUCAGCUGAACCUUGCUAAGAAUGUGUCACAAUCGCUCAAAGAAGCAAGCUCAGACAAUGUAUGCCGGACAGCUCGCCUUCUCUGUGCUUUAUCCUGCUGUACUCCAUCGCUGAUUGAGCAGCUGAGAGAGGAGGCUGACCGUCGCCUAUCAUGGCUGACUGUGACCAAUGUCCGGGACUUAAUGGUCUUCUUUGUGCAAGCUGGAGUUGAAGAUAAAGUUAUGUUCGGGGCACUGUUGAGUCAGUACGAGCGGAUGGCAUCACAGUCUGCGCUGGACGUGGAGGCUCUGCUAUCAGUACUCUGGUCACUGGCACAGCGCGCACCCGCGGGGGUUGCCGACAUCAAUGAGUUCAUGACCUGGUUUCUCAACGAUAUGGUGGCCGCUGCGUUGCAGCCACUGCAGCCCAUCGGCAAUGCGCACGAUCUGACCUUGCUCAUGCGCGCUGUACGCAAUCUGGGAAAAGUGACAACGAUCACUCCAACCGUCGUAACCAGUGCGUUUGACCUGGUGGUUAGUUUCCCACACUGGGUUCAAGUUGAAGACCCUGAAGUGCUAAUAACACCAUUAUGGGCACUCCAUCAAAAUCAGCAAAUGGUGUCCUUGACCCAUUGUAUUCGAAACAUAUUUGAUGAGUACUUCAAGCUCUACAUGUCCUGUGCACUGGAACUCAACUCGGAUGCACUGAUCAUGUGUGCGGGCGCUAUUGAUAAUUGCGGCAUGCUCGGCAAGAGCACGAGGCAGACGGUCUUGAGCGAGGUGCUGUUACGCUUGGAGAGCGGCAACUUCAAGUGCAGCGUACCGGGACUUGUGGAGUUCGCCCGCGUCUUCCUGCAUCCGUCGGACUCUUUGCGACCGGGGUCCAAACUGCAGCAGGCGUGUGACUUCUUCUUUGACCAGGUGGCAAUGGCCGAGCUCUCACCACUUCAGCUGACCAGAAUACGCCGCUGGUUACUGGGUGUGCCGGGUAGCACUGAUUUCUUUGAGCAGAUGACACUGCCUCUGCGCACCUACUGGAACAUGACAGUCAGUGAGUUACUGGCAGAAGCGGAGCUGCUGGAGCAGUCUGACCUGACCACCACCUUCUCCAGCAUCUUCUUCCCUGCUGUGCAUCGGUGUCGCCAUGACGUCACUUCAGCGGAACUGCCACGGGUUGUGGAAGUCCUGUGGAAGCAAUUGAGAACACUGGAGGGUACAAGGGAACUUCUGGCCGACGUCAUUGAGGAUUAUGUAUCUCGCACUCCUCCAGAGGACCUCUUGGAUAUGUUUUGUACGUCAUUGGAACCCCUCCAACGUGCAGCUAAGGAUGGUGCUCCGCUGGAUUUGCUUAUUAGCCACGCCAGGGAAGAGGCAUAUGCACAGCUGGUCUUGAAGGUCGAUUUCAUCGAUCUCAAGCUGGUCGCGUUUCUCGCGGAGUACGACGCAACACCCAACUUCAUUCUCAUCAAGCUGUACAUUGAGCGCCUGCGGAAUGAUCCACUUCUGCUGCGGUCCAUUGACCUUAUGGACCUGCCAUUGCUGUUGAAAAUUGCCUGUUUGGCUGACACGCUGUCCAAGGUCAUGACUGAUAUCAGUGCCGGUACGCUAGAUUUCCUGCUUCCGUCCAUGUCUCUAGCGUUGCAGAUGCAUGGCACGCAUCCUGUCUUCCUAGACAACCUCAUGGAUGUAAUGGUCAAUAGGCGUUACUUUCCACAGGAAUUGGUUUCCCAUCUUUUGACGUCCUUAGUCAACCUGUUCAAGAUGCGACAUGUUCAUGGUAUUCCAGCUGCUGACAACAUUGCCAGGUUCUUCUUGGCAAGCAGAGUGAAUGAUUCGAACACCGUUCGAGCCUUCUUCCAGUUCCUUGCCACACCGCAUGGUAGCUUCUAUCUUCGUGCAUCAGAAGGGGCUUUGUUCGACUUCAUUGCUGAGCUGGGAGAGCCUGAAGGAGGCGCCUUGCUGAAGCAAGUUGCACAAGACCUCGGCCUGACACAAAGCGCUAAAUCAACGAGUACUUACUUGUCGCUCGUUCAUGCCCUGGCUUGUCUGGACCUGAAUCUCAUGCUGGUCUUCAAUCUUUUCUCCAUGCUCUCUGCCCCGGAUACCGUCAGAGAGUCAGCUAAAUUCCUGCGCAUCGGCUCUGUGAUCAUGCAGAGUAAUGUCUUCUCGGCUGGGCCUGACCUAGUGCACAGUCAGACACUCAUGAUGUCACAUUUCAACAGGAAACACGCGACAAUGCUGCGGAAGCGUACCUCAUUGGCCAACUACUUCCCGUCUUCGAUCCUGUCCACUGACAAGUAUAUUUGCCAUGUGUCGGAUUUUACCCAUGCCUGGUGGAUUGACGGCAUCAUGGCUUUGGACGGUAGGGGAAAUCCCCUGACAUUCAAGCAGAGUAGCUCCUCGUCAAUAGGCCUGUUGAGCGUCAGCAAUGUAGACUGGCCGGAAGGUACUGUAGUGAACGUGGCGCUGCUCGUUAUUCCGGACAACGCCUGGUGGAAGUCGGGAAAACUCUUCGGCUCUGUUGAGCUACAGAAGAUCAUCAUGCAGAGGCUAGGCUGGACAGUUCAACUGGUAAGGCCAUCUUUCCUGGAACAUGACGAAACAACAAGAGCCGAGAAGACACAGAGUAUGCUACGGUUUUUUGAAAAGGCCACCUCGGAGAUCUCUUCGCUGAAGAUUCCUCCAAACCCAAUUGCAGCAUCAGGGAAAGCUUUUCUAAACGCACCAUCACUUCCACCACGAUCUGAUCGUUGAUAGUACAGGAACACUUCUCAAUCAUUCGCAUGCACGCACGCGCGCGCGCGCGCGCGCGCGUGUGUGUGUGUGUGUGUGUAUGUGACUGUGAGUGUGUGAGUGUGUGCCAAACUUGAUAAACUACGCUACAAACAGAAUGCAGUGCGUUCCUACACUGUUGCUUGUUAAUUUUUUAUUUCUAUCUUAUUUGAUUAUCUUCGCUGCUGUUUGUGCACCUCGUAAAGUGCACAUCCAAUUGAAUUGCAAUAUCGCCGUAUUUGGCUAUGUUUACUUGCUUGUGCCCCUGUCGCUGCACCAAGUGUGGUCUUGCCAUUCACUGUGUACAUUGGCUUGGACCCAUUGCACUAUCGCUAAGCUGCUGUUUGCUCUGUAUUUUCAACUACUUCUGCUGAAUUCUAAAUUUGCUUGUCCCUUUUUUAUGAGAACACCGGUGAGCACCAGUGAUAAUAAAAAUUAAUGGAGAUGGCCAACGUG